AUUUUGUCUUCAGCGUAUCAAGCAAAUUUUCAUCAAAAAUGUCUCUUAUCCACCCUGAAGUUUUCUUCAAGCCAUGACUAUGUGAUAUGUGGAGCAGGAUCAGCGGGUUGUGUCCUGGCAAACCGUCUCUCAGCAAAUCCUGACAACAAAGUUGUUCUUCUGGAGGCAGGUCCUAAAGAUUGGACGUGGAAAAUCCACAUGCCUGCUGCACUUAUCUAUAAUCUUUGUGACAAAAAGUAUAACUGGUAUUAUGAAACAGAACCACAAGAGUUUAUGGACAACAGGUAAUAAGAUGAUGUUCAUUUACUCUACUUAUUAAAAAAAAGCAUAACACACCUCUGGCAUUGAACAGCUUAUCACCUUAGCCACUAUUAUUGUGAUAACCGUUGACUAGUAAUACCCGCAAACAACAGCAUGAUAUGCUUUCUAAAACUGGUGCCCUGUGUUAAUUUUUGAAAUAUCACUUUUUUUUGCUCAAACUUAAAUGUCAAUAAACUGUUAUUAAAAGUUCAAAAAACCAUGGAAGGGUAUUCAGUCUUAAGUGAGCCAGGUUCCCAAUAGCUUUUUUGGGGGAUCUGGGAUUUCCCCUAUUUGAAGCUCGGGAUUCAGGAUUUUAAAGCAAAAUUGGGGGCAGAUUCGGGAUUGAAAGUAUGCGUGGGAGUAAGGAUGCCAAAAAUAACCAUUGGAAUUCAGGAUCAUGGGAUUGAAGAACCCUAUUGUGACCAAUUGUGAAUGAGAUUUGUACAUUUACCUUUUAAUUAUCGUUUUUACUCCAAGAUCACAUCAUGGUGAGAUUAUUGCCACUCUAACUUUUAAAUCAUUCUGUGAAUGAAAUUCAGUGGUUUUACCGUUCAAACAAAACCUCUUUAGCAGAACGUUUGCUUAGAAUUUUACAAAAAUGGAAUUUGAAUGUUUUUGUGAUUUUUGUCUCCUUUGCCCACCAUUAGGAGUGAAAGAAUAAAACCAAUAAUUUAAAUCACCUAUAUUUCACAGGCGCAUCUACCAACCUCGGGGUAGGGUGUGGGGUGGAUCGUCAUCUUUGAAUGCUAUGGUGUACAUCAGAGGUCAUGCUUAUGAUUAUGAUAACUGGGAGAAGCAAGGCGCUAAGGGCUGGUCAUAUGCUGACUGUUUGCCAUAUUUUAGAAAGUCACAGACUCAUGAAUUAGGUAAGCAAUUCCCUGUGAGGCCAACACCUUGAAAAAAUGAAAUGUGUUUAAAAAUUUUUACCGCGGCAGUGUUAGCUCAGUCGGUAGAGCGUGUUGACUGCAGAGCGGGAGGUCACCUGGGGCCGGACCAAUACUCAGGGUCUUAAAAUAACCGAGAAAUGAAGGUACUCCCUUUGCACUGCAACAGGCUAGACCUUCGCGUGGCUCGGAUGACCACGUAAAAUGGCGGUCCCGUCUCCAGUUGGAAACGUAAAAUAUAGUGUCCCCAAUUAGUACUUUUGUGCUAAAUACAUUGACACUCAAAUAAAAGUGCAUUUUUUUUUUUUUUUUUUUUAACCCCAAAUACUGGAACAAAACCUCUCCCCACCAUGAUUUUAGAGUCAUCACAGCUUUAUGUACAAAGUAAUUAUUGUCAUAAAAUUCUACCAAUAUUGAGCUUAAGUUAUUUAAAGUUAUAUUUUGUUGUCAUUAUCAUUGUCAUUUAUUUUUGUUCAUUUUUUGGUUUGGCAAACAACUGUUAAAUCAUGCCUGCAAACUAGCACCUAUAGUAGCUGAGAACUUCACCUUUGGCCAGUCUAGUCACAGGGGCCUUACUGAGGCAGGGACUAAAAUACAAUGAUAUUUGUGUCCUUCUAAUUAUUUUUAGGCCCAGAUGAUUACAGAGGAGGUGAUGGUCCCCUGCACGUAUCACGUGGCAAAUCAGACAAUCCUCUUUAUCAAGCAUUUAUUGAUGCUGGCACUCAAGCUGGUUAUCCUUUCACAAAUGACAUGAAUGGCUAUCAACAGGAAGGAUUUGGAUGGAAGGACAUGACAAUCCAUAAAGGUGUACGUUGGAGUUCAGCAAAUGCUUACCUUCGACCCGCACUCAAGCGCAGAAACCUACGAACAGAGACUGGUGCUAUGAUUACAAAAAUAGUCUUUGAGGAUAAUCGAGCUGUAGGUGUUGAGUUCCAUCUAGGAAGACAGCUGAAACGUGUAAGGGCAAGAAAAGGAGUUAUUUUAACAUCUGGAGCCAUUAAUUCGCCUCAGUUACUGAACUUGUCUGGUAUUGGAAAUGCAGAUGAUUUGAAGAAGCUUGGUAUCCCUGUGAGGGUUCAUCUUCCUGGUGUUGGAGAGAAUUUCCAGGAUCAUUUAGAGAUGUAUUUUCACCAGGUACUGUACAGUAUGUGGAUUUCCUUUUUAUCAGUAUAAAAUUGACAGUGAAAGAAAAAAAGGAUGCCUUUAUGUGAGAAACAUAUUUCUAGUCAAGUGGAGGCGUGUGUGGCCAAAUGGUUGACACCUCGAACUCUGGAUCUGGUGUUUCCUUAGACAAGGAACUUUGCUCCACUUUGUCUUUCUUCACGCAGGUGUAUAAAUGGGUACCGGCGACAUACUGCUGGGGGUAACCCUGCGAGGGACUAGCAUCCCAUCCAGGGGGAGUAGCAAUACUCCUAGGUUUGCUUCAUGCUACAGAAACUGGUAUAAGCUCCGGCCAUGUGAGCCUUUGGCUCAUGUACGCCUUUAUCUUUUUACCUAUUUGUAGUCUUUCUACAAUGGGUGACAAAAUUGAGAUGGAGAACAAAACAAUCCACACCCCUCCUCCUUUCCCUCAAUCCAUUCAAAGUUGGGGUGUUUGUUGUUUCCUACAGAUAGCUUGAACAGCGGCACAACAUUGCAUGGAGAGGAUAAGGGAGGAAAAGCUUUAUUUUUUCCUCUUUUUAAGAAAGAAAAACAUUAGACACGCCCUUUACGCAAAUUGUCUCAACUAAUUUUGUCACCAAUAUUUGUAGUUUAGAGAAUCAUUUUGUGUUAUAAUCAUAACUGGAGUAUAGGCUCAUUCAAGCAAUACUUUCUAAGCCCCAGUUACAUGUUCAUAAGCAAAAAAAAAAAAAAAUUUGCUUUACCCUGGGUUAGACUUAACCAACUUUCAAGGCCCUAAACUGCUAUUUGAUAGUAUAGUCAUGCAUGUCCUUACAAAUGUUACAAAUAAUUAUAUUUGUUAGGAGUGUACUCAGCCCUUAAGUUUGUACCGAUCUCUCAAAUGGUGGAACAUGGCUCCUAUUGGUAUCAGGUGGUUUCUUACUCGAUCUGGGCCCUGUGCAACUGCUCAUCUUGAGGCUGGUGGAUUUAUUCGUAGCAGAGAAGGCAUACCUUAUCCAAACAUUCAGUACCACUUCUUACCUUCAGCUUUUAAGGAUCAUGGAAGAGUAACUGUAGAAAAAGAAGCUUUUCAGGUGAGUGUUUAUCCCAGCCAAUGUCACUGCAAUUAACGAUCUUGAAGUUCUUUCUGAAUGUGUGACAACCACUGAAAACAAGGUCUAGAGAUGGGGAGCUACCCAUGUGGUAGCAACAUGAAAAUGGAACUACUUAUCUUAUUCCCUCAGAAAGAAGCUCAGUUGUGCCAACAUAAUUUAUAGAAUGCUUCUUUGCUUCCCAAAGUAGCAAGCUUUCUUAUUUUAAUAAGUAGUAAUACUUAGAAGCAAAUAAUUCAAAUACAACAUAACAGGAUUAAAAACCACUACUGGCAGGAGGCAACCAGUUGGCUAUUUACAAGUGUAGCCGAGGAUUUGAACUUGGGACGAUCAAGAACAAAUCCAGCAAGUCAUCAGAGCAGGAUUCGAACACGGGACUGCUGGGUUGCAAGUCCGAUACGCUGACCACUCGGCCACGCUGCCUCCGUCAAAAGGUAGUGAGCCUUAAAGGUGGCUAAUUCCAAAGGAUCAAAUGAUUUUGCUAAUCUAGUUACCAAGUUUCUCUGUGCCAAUUUAUAAUGUUAUACAGUGCAGGAGGAAAUUAAUCACAUCAUUAAUUUGCACUGUGCAAUAUUAAGAAAUUAAGAUUAAUUAAUCUAACUUGUAAGGUACAUAGAUCGGAAUGAUUAACUUCUUUUUUCUCGUUUAAAGGUUCAUGUUGGUUCUCUGCGAGCCACAAGUCGUGGGUAUAUAAAACUCAAGUCUGUAAACCCUUACGAUCAUCCAAUUAUCAAUCCCAAUUACCUGUCCACUGAGGAAGACAGAAAAGAAUUAAGAGAAAGCAUUAGGCUUACAAGGGAAAUAUUCAACCAAAAGGCUUUUGAUCCAUUCCGUGGAAAAGAACUUCAGCCAGGUAAGGGUCAAGGAUAA